AUGUACUAUUUCCUUUCCAUGCUCUCCAUCUCUGACCUAGGCUUAUCCCUUUCUUCUUUACCCACCACUUUGGGACUAUUCCUAUUUGAUAUCCAUGAAAUUUAUGCAACUGCAUGUUUUGCCCAGGAGUUUUUUAUCCAUCUGUUCACAGUCACUGAAGCCUCUGUGCUGUCUGUCAUGGCAUUUGACCGAUAUGUGGCAAUCCACAACCCUUUAAGAUACAGCACAAUCUUAACCAGCUUGAGAGUCAUCAAAACAGGGAUCUUUCUGACUUCCAAAAAUGUUCUUUUGAUCCUUCCACUGCCCUUCCUCUUGCAACGGCUGAGAUACUGUCACCAAAACCUGCUCUCGCACUCCUACUGUCUCCACCAGGAUGUCAUGAAGCUUGCAUGCUCUGACAACAGAGUCAAUGUCGUGUAUGGGCUCUGUGCUGCACUUUCUACCAUGCUGGAUUUGGUGUUUAUCGCAUUCUCCUACAUCAUGAUUUUAAAGACUGUGCUGGGAAUUGCAACCCCCAGAGAGCAGUUCAAGGCCCUCAACACCUGCAUCUCUCACAUCUGUGCUGUGCUCAUCUUCUACAUGCCCAUGCUGAGUGCAGCAAUGCUCCACCGUUUUUCCAGGAAUGUGCCUCCUAUGAUCCAUGUGCUUAUGGCUGAUAUUUUCCUUCUGGUGCCACCACUGAUGAAUCCCAUUGUGUACUGUGUAAAGACUCGUCAAAUCCGGGAAAAGGUCAUGGGCAAAUUUUGUCCAAAAAGAAGCUGA